AUGGUUGUGAUAUUGUGUAAGCAAGCUCAGGAAAGUAGUGAUGCUAAGCCUGAAUUAAAGAAAGGAACUUUAACAAUGGAUGUUGAUUCAAUGAUAAAAUCCUGUUUAAUAAACCGUAUUAGACUCUUGGGAUUCUUCAUUCUGUUGCUGAAAUCUAAAAAUAAAAUUCAGGUUUAUUUUCCGAUAUUUGUGGCAUUUGCUGGCAAUGGGAAAUCUGUGUAUAAUGCAUGGCGGACACCAUCCAUGUGGAAUGAAAUCCCUGCAUUCUACCCACACAUUGGUAGACGUUUUCACCUUAGAAGUAGAUUUAUUGACAAUUGGGAGAAAGUUAAAUUAGUUAAAUUGGAACUAUUUGAUAAGAAUAAAAGAGUGAUGUGGAUGACCUUCAAUGGUAAAAACACCAACAAUAUGAAUUGGUUUGAUAAGAAAAACUUGGCCGACAGCAGCUUUAAUGAUUUGGCUCCAUGCAGUACUUUCAAUGUCUUUUCAAUUAACGGUGACCUGCGUAAUGGAUGGUUAGACAGGAGGUUUCUUGUUAACAGAAGUUACGCUGGUUGUGCUCAAGACUAUGGGUGGUUCGUAAUAGCGGAUACAUACAAGCCUUGUAAGUGGGAAAAGAGAGGAUCUGCACCAGUAUUCAUUUACACUCGAAACAACACUCCAAGGAAUUACAACCAAGAUUCCGAUACUGCCGAAACAAUGGUUAUUUCUGUGUUGAUGGAUAUGUAAAUUCAAAGAAAAAACAAGAA